UGACACAAACAACUUGCGGAAGAAGGCGCACUCUUAUUAAGGAGAUACAGUAAUCACCGUUGAUUAAUGUUUUCUAACUUCGCACGUCAGUCGAGAUGGCGGCCACAGGAACCAAGGAAAUCUACUAUGAUGAGCUGAAGGAUCUUAUGGAAAAAAGCCAGAAUCUCCUUUUGGUUGAUGUCCGCAGUAAAGAUGAAGUGGCUAAAGGACAUAUUCCAGGAUCGGUUCACAUUCCUGUUGACACCGUAGAAGCUGAAUUCUCGCUGAGUCCAGAAGAAUUCAAGGCCAAGUAUGGAGUAAACAAACCACCACUGGAUGCACCGGAGCUGGUGUUUCACUGCAUGAUGGGUGGGCGAGGAGGAAGAGCCACGAACAAGGCCUAUGAACUAGGAUACGCAAAUGCACGUAAUUUCGUUGGUGGAUACAAAAAGUGGGCUGAGAAGGAAGGAAAGUGAUUCAUAUUGAAGAAGAGCCUCAAAUAUAUUUACCCAAAUAGGAAUUGUGACAGGUUGACGGGUGAAAUAAAUAACACUUUACAAUUUUAUUUUGUAACACUGUGUUUCUUUCAUAUAGAAUAUAAUUGUAUUUUAUAUGUAUGAAUAAAUACAAAUAAAUUAAAUAAAACCAGAAAA